GGCGGAGGCGGGCGCGUGCCGGGCCCGGCGGAGGCGGAGGCGGAGGGAGCGGAGCAUGAAUGGAGCAAAAUGGCGGAUCAUGUGCAGGUGAGGGGGGGCCGCGGCGGGCCGGGAGGCUCGGGGAGGUUCCUCUCUGCCCUCCCGGGCCUCGGGAGGCUCCAAGGACGGGCCGCGGGCCGGCUGCGGCCUAGCGCGGCCUGCUCUCGGCGGGCGGCGGUGCGCCUCGGUAGGCCGCGGCGGGGCCUGGGGCUGAGGGGCCGGCGGUGGGCCCUGAGGGUCCCGGAUCCCGGACCCGCGGCCGCGGGGCGGUGCCGUGGGGCAGAGCUCCUGCAGGAUGCCCGCGGCCCGGCCUCGCCGCUGCCGGCUCCGCGUUAUCCGCACAACUUGAGGAGAAAUCGAUCCUUCCCGCGGAGGGGAACCGCCGGCGGGGCGAGCGGCGCGGUCGGUCGGAACGCGGCCCGCGGGUCGUGCGUGGACCUCCCGCGGGCGAUCGCGGGGAUUGCUGCGUUAUUCGGCAGUCGCGCUCACGGUCGGCUGAAGAAAGGCCGUAUUCGGGUGCUGUGCCUUUAAAGCUGGUGAGCUCAGCGCCGGCCGCUGCAGAAGGAGCUGCUGUUGUCGCUUUAAAUCCUACCUCCCGCUUCGCUUUUCUUUGUUAAGUACUGCGUUGAGAAAGUGCAAGUUGGAGCCGUCCAAACGGGGUCGCGAUGGCCGCGUUCGGCGCCGUGAGUUAAAGUUUAACGGCUGCAGUGUGGGAGAUGCUCCGCUCGGAGGAGAACUGGUUUGCACCUACUGCUGGGGCAGCUGCAGCCCGGUGUGGUUCCUGCGCAGGGCAAACAGAGCCGCAGAAGUUGCUCAGCGUUACAACUGUGUGUGCUCUGCAUGCUGUUGAUGGUCUCUUUCUUCUCUCUGCUCCAGGUGCAGCAUCCAGCAGCAGCUCUGGAGAGCCUCGUGUAGUCCCUUUCGGCACAGAGGUUCCCUUCAAAACUGACUCUGGAUGCGUUGUGCCUGGAGGAAGCAGUGCUUUGUGUGAAUAGAUUGAGUUUGGGGUGAGAUCUUUCCGUUGCCUCCUGCUCCAGCCUGCUCGGCAUGGUUGGGUUUGAUGAACUUAAUGCUCUGUUGCACCCUUAAUGACUCUCUGACCUGAGCUAAGCUGCACAGCUCCCACAUCAAACACAGUGUGCGCUGAGCAGAGCAGUCACUGAGCUGUCUCUGAGAUGUUGUUAUCAUUGGGAUGUUGGCUGCCAGUGUGAAUAAUGGGGAGAGCUGUUUCAGUGGCACAUGCUGUGGGAGUUGGCCUUGUUUUAAUAGGGGCUGGCACUGCCAAUAAACGCUGGCUGCUGGGAGCUGUGCGGUUCCCAAGGUUUGUGAGAGCUUUGCUUUGGGGUGUUGUGUGCUGGCAGUCUGGGGUUUAAUUGGACUGUUGGUAGCUGAUGGGCAUUAGGGUUAUGUUGCCUGGUGGGCACGCACGACCAUCACAGAGGUUAUUUGCAGAGCAGUAAGAAGGAAGGUGAGCUUUUAGAGCAGUAGUGAGGGAGGUAUCACGCCCUCAUAGGCUUUAGGAACUGGAGGUGAUGCGAACUGAGCUGUGAUGCCGUGUAGCUGCAGCUGGGUGCCGUGCUCCUGCUGAGCAGCACUUCGGGAGCACACUGUGCAGUGUCUGCCACCAAAGCUGUGGUGAUGCUGAGGCAGGAGCAGUGUGAAUCAGGCGGUGUGGCUGAAGGGCCCUGCGUUCUGCAAGUGAAUUGCUGCACACUAGCUUGUCCGUCCGUCAGUAAGCUUACACUGCCUUUUGGGUGCAUAUUUCUGUCUGAUCUGAAGCUUGGAAGCAUUGCCUAAACUUGUUCAGAGAGCAAAGCAGGAAGAGUACCAUUAGCAGUAGCUGUGUGAGCAUACACAGUCCUAUUCCUCUAUCCCACAACACCUUGCAAACAGAUUUGUUCAUCUUUGCUUUCUUUCUGCUUUCCUUAUGGUUGGAUGUUUUCUGUGCUGUUGCCCUAAAAUGGGAUGUACUGAUUGAAAGUAAAUGUCCCUGUGGGAGAAUGUUUGCUGGAGGGUGGUAAUUAAUUCUGUGGCUCUGAGUGUGGAGAGUUCAGUUUGUGUGGAGUUCAUACAAAUGGUUGUACCCCAUAGAAGCCGUUGAUGCUUCUAUGUGAGUUACGGUUGCCUGCUCGUGGUAACCUUGCUCUGAGUUGGGAGGAAUGAGAUGCAAGAAGAGAGGUACUGAGAUAGUACUCCUAUAGAAGAACGUGGAAUCUGGCGUCUCAAAGGAAAUUGCAUCCUUUUGGGGGUCUUUUUGCCUUUGUUAUCUGACUGUGGGCUCAGUGUGGGUGUUUCUGUGUGUUGGAUCACCUGGCAGUGCUCUGCUUGCAGCAGGUCAGCAGCAGACAGGGGGUCCUCCUUUCAUCUCGAAGCCAUUGCAGAGGAAGCCUUAAUUUCUGUUGGGAUGGGCACUCUUUGGGUCUGUCCCCAUGGCGUGGCAGUGCUCUGCAGGGAUUGGGGGCACCGUGUGUGCUCAGAAGGGACAACAAGAGGGUUUGGAGGGGGUCUGAGUUUGCUGUAGGGCUCAGUGCUCAGAAAGCAUCUCCCUCCCAGUGCUUUUUGAGGUGUUUUCCUAGGGUGGGUGCUUCCAUCCCCAACAGGACCUUUGUUUUUCCCUUGUUUCCGUAUUUUAGAAGACGUCAUUUUGGCUCAAACACAAAAUCCAAUUUGGCUUUAGAAGCCCAUAGCAUUCAGCUUGCUCCAGAGGGAACCCUGGGGCCUGCACUGCGUGUCUCCCAUUUGCUCUCCCUGUAACCCUGCACCUGCUUGGUAUAAAAGAGGCGCAGCGCAGCCCGGCUGCACAUUGCUUGGAAUACUUUGUUUUAGUUCAAGGUUUUUACCUUCUGUGCGUGUCAUUGCAGAGGGCUCUUAUUGAGGGCUUGUAUUUAUCUCAGAAUAGCCCAAGGGAGUGCUGUGAGCCCAGGGAGGGUACAGCGCUGCCUCCACUAAAAAUAGAGCUGGCAGCAGUUCUGUUGCAAAUUAGGCUUUUUUUUUAACUACACUGCUUGGAUGCUCAGCACCGAGGCAGCAAAGUAACAGCAACGCGUGUUGGGUUGGGGCUGGAAAGCAGAGUAACUUUGUUAUUGCUGAUAACACCUCCUUGUCCUCCGUGUGGGUAAUGCAGCUGUUUUUGAGAAGCCUGCAGGGCUCAGGUCUGCUAAAGCAGGUGAAGUUUUAUUUUUGCUACUUGCAGUUGUAUUUUUUUGCUGGUAGUUUUAUCUUUCUGCUUCUCAGCUUUGCUUUCAAGGGGACAUUUGCUGGUAGUAAAUGCUCAGUGCUCUUCUGGUGGUACAGCUGUGUGACUCAGUUGUAAGAGUGUAACUCUGCUGUAAUCUGCGAGCUUACUCUUUUCAUCCAGCUUUGGUGCAUCCCUUGCACAGCAGCAGUGCUGCUACGGCUCUGUGUGCAUCCUCAGCCAAAUGCAACCAAACAGAAUACCAAAUAAACCCAGCAGAGCAGGCGUUGUGCAGCAGGCACGGCAUGCACGCUCCCUGUGGGUCAUACAGAGCAAACAAGCAGUGCCCAAUGAACGCUGCUCACACCUGUGCUCUGACCUGCCCCUGUUUGCCAUAUUCACAUGGACCAGGGCUGUUAUUUCUGCAUCAUCCACACACUUUCCUUCAGCUCCUGUUGGAAAACUCGGUGCCCUUGUAGCACCAACCGUGCAGUGUUUGUGAACGCACUGAUUACAGGAGUGAGAGUCCAAGGACGUUGUACUGGAAAAUAUUAAUUCUGCUCUUUCUCUUUUAGCAGUAGGUAGUGUCCAUUGCUCAAACAGUGCACUGAAGGUAAUCUGCAAUGCUUGUACAGAGUUUGAGCAGCGCUGGAGGAGCUUUAGAACUUCGUAUGAUGGAAAACACACUCAGUUCUCAGGCUUGCUUUCCUGUGGAGGGUUUCUGCUGCCUCCGGAGCCCUCAGCUCAGUGUGGCAGGGAGAUGCAGAGCAAGCAUUUGUGGAAGAAGUUCUGCUCCUUCUCCCCGUGUUCAGCACUGUGUUGCUCCCAUGUGUGCGUUGUGCUUGCUGUUUCCUAAUUUCCUGGUUGCUGCUCGUUAGCAAACGGCUAACCUUUGCCAAGUGGGAAACCUUCAGGUGCACAGGGAACAUUCAGUCCUCAGAAAGAGGUGAAAACGGUGCAGUUUCUGAAGCAGCACAUUAAUGUGGCACAUAAGAAGGUAGAGAUGGCAGUGACUCAUUCUCCCAUACAAAGGUGUUGCUGCUGCUGCUCAGCCUCCCGUUUUGUUCCCAAAUGGAAGGAGCACCUGCGUGCUGCAUUGGGCUGCUGUUCUCUUUGCUUGGGCCCCGCUGAGUCCUCCUGCUGGGUGAGAGCUCUCCCUGGGGCAGAACCAAUCCCUCAGCUGCUCUGAGACAUAGAUUUGUAUUGCAGUGCUGGGGAGCUCUCAGUGCUGCUCCUGCAGCAUCACUGGGGAUCGGGGGUAGCUGUGUGCAGCUGCAGAGCUGUGCCUUUGCUCUGUGUUCCUGGAGGGAGCAGAAAUGCAGCAGUUUCUCUGACGCUUCAGCCAUCAGCCCCUGAAGUGCAAUCAGCUUUGGGGCUGCUCCCUCCUGAUGUGCUCCGUGUGGUGUUAGCUCACUUUUCCUCUUGGUUCCUUACCACACAGCUGAGCAAAUCGCUGUCCUGCCGGAGCUAAGCCUUGGUGGAAUGAAGCAGCAGUGUUUAUUUGCACCCAGCUAGGAUAUUGAAGGGUUUGUGCCGUGUCUCAAUGGUUUCUCCAGUCGCUGAGGGUAUCAGUUCCUCAUCUUUAAGCUCCGUGGGAUAGAAACCAUCCUUGUUUCUGGGCAGUGCAAGAGGUGCUGUGCCGAGUUGCACAGUGAAAUAGCAGGGCUGAACCUGAAAGAAGCCCCCUUCAAGUGGAGCUGAAGACCAUUCGUCUUAAAGAGCUCUCAUUUCUUUCCUUACUGAUGCCGUGGGAGAUGCCUGGAAGUGCCGCUGCAAUAAAUAACUUCUUGAGAUAUUCUGGAAGGGCAUAACUGAAGUGACCUGAGGUGUUCUCUGAACCUGAGUUGCUUCUGUCACCGCAGCCCUCCAACUGCUGCCAUGUGUUUGGUAAAGCACAGUGAUUCCAAGCCCUGACCUCUCAGCAGCAUCAUCAUCAUCCUCAGACCAGGGUCUGCCUCUGAUGAUGACAUACAGGGGUAUCAGUUGGGGGUUAUGAAAAUGGAUGAAUGUGGUCAAGGUGGAAAUAACCACGUGGAGCACGUUGCAGGAUCUGUGGCUCAAAGAGGCAGUAAGAAGAAGGCAGGAAGAAGGAAUACCUUGAAACACGUGUCUGAGCAUUUACAGCUGUGCACAUCCUUCAGGAUAAGACCCACCAGGCAGCAGCGAAGCUUGGGUGGAUGUGGAGUAGGCAUUGCUGAAGUGCUCCCUGCCUCCUUGCUGCCCCAGCAUCGCCAGGAGUGAAGCUGGCUUGAUUGCUGUCCCUUUGGUGGAGAGGAUUAUGGCUUACCGUGGGCACACAGAAUGAAAGCGCCAUGUGUGGAGCCUGGCUUGCUCUUGGUGUUGCCCUCCCAGGCUUUGCUGUUUCUCUGUGUGCCACAUCUGCAGCUGUGCUUUUGGGAGCAGUGUGAGAAAGAAGCAUAGAGUGAACAUCAGCUGGAGGACGGUCUGGAUGGUUGGGAUGCUCAGGACAGCUCAUGCAGCACAACAGGAGAGCCUAGCCCAGCUAGAGAACCUGUGCAAGCAGCUCUAUGAGACCACAGACACUGCGACACGGCUCCAGGCAGAGAAGGCCCUGGUUGAGUUCACCAACAGUCCCGACUGCCUGAGCAAGUGCCAGCUGCUUCUAGAAAGAGGGAGUUCAUCCUACUCCCAGUUAUUGGCAGCUACAUGCCUUACGAAACUCGUGUCACGCACAAACAACCCGUUACCAUUGGAGCAGCGAAUCGAUAUCCGAAACUAUGUGCUCAACUACCUUGCCACCAGGCCAAAGCUGGCCACGUUUGUCACACAAGCACUGAUCCAGCUGUAUGCCAGGAUCACUAAGUUGGGCUGGUUUGACUGUCAGAAGGAUGAAUAUGUCUUCAGGAACGUGAUCACAGACGUCACAAGGUUCUUGCAGGAUAGUGUAGAACACUGCAUCAUAGGAGUGACAAUCCUGUCCCAACUAACUAAUGAAAUUAAUCAAGUAAGUGCUACAGCCUUCCUCAGUGAAGCUGAUACUACUCAUCCACUGACCAAGCACAGGAAAAUAGCCUCUUCCUUCAGAGAUUCAUCUUUAUUUGAUAUUUUCACACUGUCAUGCAAUUUACUGAAACAGGCUUCUGGGAAGAACCUGAACCUAAACGAUGAGAGCCAGCAUGGUCUGCUCAUGCAGCUUCUAAAGCUCACUCAUAAUUGCCUGAACUUUGAUUUCAUUGGCACGUCAACAGAUGAGUCCUCAGAUGAUCUUUGCACUGUGCAGAUCCCAACCAGUUGGAGAUCAGCAUUCUUGGAUUCUUCGACCCUUCAGCUGUUUUUUGAUCUUUAUCAUUCCAUCCCUCCUUCGUUUUCUCCUCUGGUCUUGUCCUGUUUAGUGCAGAUUGCCUCUGUACGCAGAUCCCUCUUCAACAAUGCAGAACGAGCAAAGUUUCUGUCUCAUCUCGUUGAUGGAGUCAAACGGAUACUGGAAAACCCCCAGAGUUUAUCAGACCCAAACAACUACCACGAGUUCUGCCGAUUGCUGGCCCGAUUGAAAAGCAAUUACCAGCUGGGAGAGCUGGUGAAGGUGGAGAACUAUCCCGAGGUCAUCCGACUCAUUGCUAACUUCACCGUGACCAGCCUGCAGCACUGGGAGUUUGCACCGAACAGCGUUCACUAUCUGCUGAGCUUGUGGCAGCGGCUGGCAGCGUCGGUGCCCUACGUGAAAGCCACUGAGCCUCACAUGCUGGAAACAUACACGCCAGAGGUCACAAAGGCAUACAUCACGUCCAGACUGGAAUCUGUACACAUCAUAUUGAGGGAUGGUUUGGAGGAUCCACUGGAUGACACCGGCCUUGUGCAGCAGCAGCUGGAUCAGCUCUCCACCAUUGGCCGGUGUGAGUAUGAGAAGACGUGUGCUCUGCUCGUGCAGCUCUUUGACCAGUCAGCCCAGUCCUACCAGGAGCUGCUGCAGAGUGCCACCGCCAGCCCCAUGGACGUUGCUGUGCAGGAAGGGCGCCUGACGUGGCUCGUCUAUAUUAUCGGGGCAGUGAUUGGUGGUAGGGUCUCGUUUGCCAGCACGGAUGAGCAGGAUGCAAUGGAUGGCGAGCUGGUUUGUCGGGUGCUGCAGCUGAUGAACCUGACGGACUCGCGGCUGGCGCAGGCUGGGAAUGAGAAGUUGGAGCUUGCCAUGCUGAGCUUCUUUGAGCAGUUCCGGAAGAUCUAUAUUGGAGAUCAGGUGCAGAAGUCUUCCAAGCUGUACCGCCGUCUCUCAGAGGUGCUGGGGCUGAAUGAUGAGACCAUGGUCCUGAGCGUCUUCAUAGGGAAAAUCAUCACCAACCUGAAGUACUGGGGCCGAUGUGAGCCUAUCACCUCCAAGACGCUGCAGCUGCUCAAUGACCUCUCCAUUGGGUACAGCAGCGUCAGAAAGCUGGUGAAGCUGAGCGCUGUGCAGUUCAUGCUGAACAAUCACACGAGUGAGCACUUUUCCUUCCUGGGCAUUAACAAUCAGUCCAACCUGACUGACAUGAGAUGUCGGACUACGUUCUACACUGCACUGGGGCGUCUUCUCAUGGUGGAUUUAGGAGAAGAUGAGGAUCAGUACGAGCAGUUCAUGCUUCCCCUGACAGCUGCCUUUGAGACCGUGGCACAGAUGUUCAGCACAAAUACUUUCAAUGAACAAGAGGCAAAAAGAACUUUGGUUGGUUUGGUGAGAGACUUGAGGGGAAUCGCCUUUGCCUUCAAUGCCAAGACCAGCUUCAUGAUGCUGUUUGAGUGGAUCUACCCAUCCUACAUGCCAAUCCUACAGCGGGCCAUUGAGCUCUGGUACCACGACCCAGCCUGCACGACACCUGUCCUCAAACUGAUGGCUGAGCUGGUACAUAACAGAUCCCAGCGGCUGCAGUUUGACGUGUCCUCACCGAAUGGCAUCCUGCUCUUCAGAGAGACCAGUAAAAUGAUAACUACUUAUGGAAAUCGUAUCCUAACGCUUGGGGAGGUCCCAAAGGAUCAAGUCUAUGCCUUGAAGCUGAAGGGGAUUUCCAUCUGCUUCUCUAUGCUGAAGGCCGCACUGAGUGGGAGUUAUGUCAACUUCGGGGUCUUCCGUCUGUACGGGGAUGAUGCACUGGACAAUGCCUUGCAAACUUUUAUCAAGCUUCUGCUUUCCAUCCCUCACAGCGACCUCCUGGACUAUCCCAAGCUCAGCCAGUCGUACUAUUCCUUGCUGGAAGUUCUUACCCAGGACCACAUGAACUUUAUAGCCAGUCUGGAGCCUCAUGUAAUCAUGUAUAUUCUCUCUUCCAUUUCAGAAGGCCUCACUGCACUGGACACCAUGGUUUGCACAGGCUGCUGCUCCUGUUUGGACCACAUUGUCACCUAUCUCUUCAAGCAGCUGUCUCGCAGCACCAAGAAGAGGACCACACCUCUGACCCAGGAGAGCGACCGCUUUCUGCACAUCAUGCAGCAGCACCCCGAGAUGAUCCAGCAGAUGCUGUCAACAGUGCUGAAUAUCAUCAUCUUUGAGGACUGCAGGAACCAGUGGUCAAUGUCUCGGCCUCUGCUCGGCCUGAUACUGCUCAAUGAGAAGUACUUCUCUGACCUGAGGAACAGCAUUGUGAACAGCCAACCCCCGGAGAAGCAGCAGGCCAUGCACCUCUGCUUCGAGAACCUCAUGGAAGGCAUCGAGCGCAACCUCCUCACCAAGAACAGGGACAGGUUCACGCAGAACCUGUCGGCGUUCAGACGGGAGGUGAACGACUCCAUGAAGAACUCCACCUACGGAGUCAACAGCAACGACAUGAUGAGCUGACGGCUCCCAGCUCCUCCUGCACAGCGCAGCAUCUCUUUGGCCCGGCCCAGAGGGGUUCCCGUUUUCCGAUGGAAAGAAAAGAAGGGGCGUUUUCUAAUCCCUGCUCUCCCCCGGGGCUGAGCUGCGGCGCUGCUUUGGCCCCGCGCUCCACGUCCAUAGGGAGGAAGGGAGCAGGAGGGGUUGCUCGGCGGGGCAGGGUGCUUCUGUUUCCACGGGAGGGGGUGGAAGGGCAGCAAUCACUGCGCCAACACGGCGGCCCCCGACCCGCACACGUCGGCUGCAGCCCCGCCUUGUAUAAAACAUGUACAUUUUUUCAUAAACAUUUUGAACAAGGUUUAUAUUGACUCGAGGUUUAAGAAAAAAAAAAAAAGAGAGAAAAAAAGGAAAAAAAAAAUUAAAAAAAAAAAAAAAGGAAAAAAAAAAAAAAAACCCACACGAAACACACACAGAAAAAUAGAAAAGAAAAGCAGUGUGAUUGCAAACGUUUCUCCGUAGGGUCCCGGUGCAGCGCCGAGGGGCGGUGUGUGCGAGUGAGGAAGCGCGGCCUGCAGGGGCCGGGUGGGCGAGGGGGAGAGACCACCAUAGGGAGAGAGAGAGAGAGAGAGAGAGAGAGAGAGAAAGGGAAGGAAACAAAAACAAACGGGCAGAAAACAAAACGAACCACAGCCAAAAGCGUCCCCUGAGCCCCACCGUGCGCUUCUGUUCUCCUUCAGGCCCUUAAAGCAAAGCGCUCACGGCCUCCCGUCCCGCCCUCCUCGUUAGGAUCUCGAAGCCAUGCCGUGUGCUCCCAUCCUGCUUGCUCGUGGGUGUCCCCCCUUUCCUUCCCCCCCCCCCCCCCCGGUGUAGCAAUGUCAGCCCGCUUUGGCAAUGCCCCCCCCCGAAAUGGGGUCCCCCACCCCGCAGGAACACCGCAGUGGGCGCAGCCCCUCAGAGCACAGCCUGGGGGGCACUGCAAGGACUGCCCCGCGUGGAGCGUUCACCCCCUGCAAAAAGAGCCCCUUUCCUUCGGGUUUUGUCUCUCUCAGUCACCACCUGAACGUUCUGGAUGUGAAAUCUGCUGACAGAGGAAGGGGGGGGGCGGGGGGGACGCGUUGGCCUCCUACUUUACCCACUGUUGUUGCUGCUAUUGGUGUGCGCCCUCUGCUCAGCUCCCCCACCGCUCCGUCCUGAGGGUCUCCGUUCUCAUCCCACCCCUCCUCCCUUCGUUUCCUUCCCAUUUCUUUUCCCUCCUUUUUGUUUCUGGUUGGUUUUCCUCCCUCCUUUCCUCCGGCGAUUGCGUGUUGGGUCCUUUUCCGCGUGAGCCGAUUGCUGGUUGACUUGUAAGGGUGUUUGCUGCAUACAGUGUAAGCAUUGUGACUGCAAAUAAACUUCAAUGGUUUCUACUGA